CGGGGGGCGGGGCCGGCCCGAGGGGAUUUCUCUGAGCCGCUGGGCCGGAAACCGAGUCCAAGCGGGGCCGGCGCGGGAAAGUUCGCGAACGCGCGCGGUCGUCCUCGGAGCGGCGCGGGGGACGGCCGGGGGUCUCGCGCGGGGUCGUGGGUCCCAGCCUCGCCCGCGGCCCGUGGGCGGCCCACCCGACCCGGCCCCGCCCCUGUCGCCCCGUCCACGCGCAGGUGUGGGCCCCCGGAGUCCCCGAGGCCCCGCGCCCCCGCUCGGCUGCGUGCCCGCGCGGGUCGGGGCGCCUCCGACCCCAGAGGCCGCCCGCGCCCCCCGGCCCGGGUCGGGGAAAACCCGUGGGGCCGGGGGCGGAGCCGGCCCCCACUGCCUUCCUGCUGAGCGGCUGGGGAGCCCCGGCUGAGCCCGCGUGGAGUCCCCUCUUGGCUGCGGGGAGGGCGGGGGGCAGCCGGGAGCCGGUUCCCGGGUGGGCCGCGGCGGACGGGCCCGGGCCUGGCAGUGGCAGGGGUGUGUGUGCGGAAGGCUGAGCCGGCAAGGAGCGGAGCUGGAACGUGCAAGGAUCCGGGCGCUUGCGAGGCCGAGAUGAGGGAGUCACAGCACCGUGGGCUCUCGGGAGGCGGCCACGUGCAGCCUGGGGUCGGGAACGGUCAGGGCCGGAGCUGGGUGUCUGCAGUUGUCAUUGUGAGGUCCUGAGGGCUGAGGGUCCGGGCGGAAGAGCGCCAAGCCCGCACUCGGGGUGUGGGGCCGAAGAGCUGUCUGACAGCUACUGAAGAUGGGGCUCGGAGGAGGAGGGAGUCAAGGGAAACAGACUGAGAACGGACCCUGCUUUGUGGCCGUGUGAUCUUGAAGGGACAGAAUUGCUGCACGGUGACAAACCCUGGUGAAUGGCGGAGAAGAGAGAGAGCUGGGAAGAGGAAGCUCUUUCUGAGGCAGCAACCUGAGCAGAGCAGCGGGAGAUGGGACUUGAGGGUCUCCGCGGCUCCCCGAAGCUCUGCCUCUCAGUCUUGUCGGCAGGUCAGCAGGGACCUGACCCCUCACCCUUGCCUGCCACUGAUCGGUUUGGUGUUCUCUCAGGAGGACUGUUCUGGAAUUGAGGUGUAGCAUGCUGUGUGUUCUUCCUCAGGGCUUUGUCAUUCGUGGGGGUCACAGCUCUCAUGGCUGCUGCUAGCGUGACCCCCCCUGGCUCCCUGGAGUUGCUGCAGCCUGGCUUCUCCAAGACCCUCCUGGGGACCAAACUGGAAGCCAAGUACCUGUGUUCCGCCUGCAGAAACGUCCUGCGAAGGCCCGUCCAGGCGCAGUGUGGCCACCGCUACUGCUCCUUCUGCCUGGCCAGCAUCCUCAGCUCUGGGCCUCAGAACUGUGCCGCGUGUGUUCACGAGGGCAUAUAUGAAGAAGGCAUUUCUAUUUUAGAAAGCAGUUCGGCCUUCCCGGAUAAUGCUGCCCGAAGGGAGGUGGAGAGCCUUCCGGCCGUCUGUCCCAGUGAUGGGUGCACCUGGAAGGGAACCCUGAAGGAGUACGAGAGCUGCCACGAAGGCCGCUGCCCGCUCAUGCUGACCGAAUGCCCCUCGUGCAAAGGCCUGGUCCGCCUCGGUGACAAGGAGCGCCACCUGGAGCAUGAGUGCCCGGAGAGAAGCCUGAGCUGCCGGCACUGCCGGGCGCCCUGCUGCGGGGCGGAUGUGAAGGCGCACCAUGAGGUCUGCCCCAAGUUCCCCUUGACCUGUGAUGGCUGCGGCAAGAAGAAGAUCCCCCGGGAGAAGUUUCAGGACCACAUCAAGACGUGUGGCAAGUGUCGAGUCCCUUGCAGAUUCCAUGCCCUCGGCUGCCUCGAGACGGUGGAGAGCGAGAAGCAGCAGGAGCAUGAGGCGCAGUGGCUGCGGGAGCACCUGGCCAUGCUACUGAACUCGGUCCUGGAGGCAAAGCCCCUCUCAGGAGACCAGAGCCAGGCGGGGUCAGAGCUCCUGCAGAGGUGUGAGACACUGGAGAAGAAGACAGCCACCUUCGAGAACAUCGUCUGUGUCCUGAACCGGGAGGUGGAGAGGGUGGCCCUGACCGUCGAGGCCUGUAGCCGGCAGCACCGGCUGGACCUUGACAGGAUUGAAGCGCUGAGCAACAAGGUGCAGCAGCUGGAGAGGAGCAUCGGCCUGAAGGACCUGGCGAUGGCCGACCUGGAGCAGAAGGUCUUGGAGAUGGAGGCGUCCACCUACGAUGGGGUCUUCAUCUGGAAGAUCUCAGACUUUGCUAGGAAGCGCCAGGAAGCUGUGGCUGGCCGCACACCUGCCAUCUUCUCCCCAGCCUUCUACACCAGCAGGUACGGCUACAAGAUGUGUCUGCGCAUCUACCUGAACGGCGACGGGACCGGGCGCGGGACCCACCUGUCCCUCUUCUUCGUGGUGAUGAAGGGCCCCAACGACGCCCUGCUACGAUGGCCCUUCAACCAGAAGGUGACCCUGAUGCUGCUGGACCAGAACAACCGGGAGCACGUGAUUGACGCCUUCAGGCCCGACGUGACCUCAUCCUCUUUCCAGAGGCCGGUCAACGACAUGAACAUCGCAAGUGGCUGCCCCCUCUUCUGCCCCGUCUCCAAGAUGGAGGCCAAGAAUUCCUACGUGCGGGACGAUGCCAUCUUCAUCAAGGCCAUUGUGGACCUGACAGGGCUCUAACUGCCCCCAACUGGUGUCGGGUUUGGGGACAGCCAGGCACAGCUGGCUCACUGAGGGGCCACCAUGCUGGGCCAGGGCCUCACUGCACAAGUGGGCAGGGGCCUGGCUUCGGCACUUGGGAGGGUGUUGGUCUGCAGCCAAGUUCACUGUCACGGGGAAGGAGCUACCAGCCAGUCCUCAGAUUUCAGAGACUGCAUAGAGGGGCCUGGGAGACGGGCUCAGCCCAGGGCCAUGCUGGGGCUGGCCAACGGUCUUCUGGUGCUUCUCUUGCUGUCUGUUCUGUGCAGUGAAGGGAGAGGCCCUGGGUGGGGACACUUGGAGCGGAGCACAUCCCAGCAGUGCCCACGAAGCAGGAGCACAGUGGCGGCCUUGUGUUGCUCAGGCAUGGCAGGCAGAAAGGAGGGGCUGAUCCAGGAGAAGGGCCUCCUGCCAGCCAGAGUGAGGAAGGCCAUGUGGGCUGGUUCUCCCCUCUGGUCCCUCGAGAGAAGGGAGCAUUCCUAGACCCCUAGGUGCUUGUCUGCACAGAGCUCCAGUCUGUGCCACCUUGGCCAGGCUGGCUGUGGGAGAGGGUUGGUCCCACGCUGCCUCUGCUCAGACCAUGGUAUGGGGGUGUGCAGCACGGCUGUGGGUGCUGAGAGCACUCCGUCCAGCUCACGAGACACAGUUAUUAAACCAUUCAGAUCUCUGCUCAGUGGCGUCCAGUUGGUUCCAGGUUGCCUGCAGCUUCCAGUCCUGGCAGUGGUCACCCUCUGGGGGUCCUCCUGGCCUCCUCUCCUCCCACGCACCCCUCCCCACAGGGUGCCUGGCCGUUGGCUGCUUUUCUAGCCAGCCAGGCUGUUCUGUUUCUUACCUACUGUAAGCUCUCUCUUCUUGAGCUUUGGUGAAGCCCAGUGUUCCCUCUUGUGAGAUAUUCUUCCCUGCCCGUCUCCUCUCCUGGGCUUUCCCAGGGACUCCUGUGAGAGCAGGGCGAGGAGGAGCUGGCCCGGGUUCUCUGCACAGGCCGUGCCGCCCUGGGGUGUGCUCUCGGGACUGAGAGGAGGCCGGUGUAGGCAAGGCUCCGCUCUUGGGGUCAGGGCAGCCGUGCUGGGGCCUGCUUGGCGUCUGUAUCGGGUCCAGGGUAAAGUGUGGGCACGUCUUGACAUCCUCUCACACUGCUGUCGUUUGAGAAGUUAAGACCAUAAAAAUAAAGGAAAUAACUCGGGCACGGGAA